AUGAUGCUUAAAAACAGCGGCGGUGAGCGAGAGGGUGUUGAUGAGGAUAGCCUUCGAGACGGAACAGGAGUGGUUGGGGCAGUUACUAUAGCAAACGGGAUGUGGUUUUCUUCUAAUAAUGUUUUCUUCGUGUUUUGCCACAUUCCUUCUAAUAAUCUUUUCUUCGUGUUUUGCCACCUUCCAUCUAAUAAUGUUUUCUUCGUGUUUUGCCACCUUCCAUCUAAUAAUGUUUUCUUCGUGUUUUGCCACAUUUCUUCUAAUAAUGUUUUCUUCGAGUUUUGCCACAUUCCUUCUAAUAAUGUUUUCUUUGUGUUUUGCCACAUUCCUUCUAAUAAUGUUUUCUUCGUGUUUUGCCACAUUCCUUCUAAUAAUGUUUUCUUCGUGUUUUGCCACAUUCCUUCUAAUAAUGUUUACUUCGUGUUUUGCCACAUUCCUUCUAAUAAUGUUUUCUUCAUGUUUUGCCACAUUCCUUCUAAUAAUGUUUUCUUCAUGUUUUGCCACAUUCCUUCUAAUAAUGUUUUCUUCGUGUUUUGCCACAUUCCUUCUAAUAAUGUUUUCUUCAUGUUUUGCCACAUUCCUUCUAAUAAUCUUUUCUUCGUGUUUUGCCACAUUCCUUCUAAUAAUCUUUUCUUCGUGUUUUGCCACAUUCCUCCUAAUAAUGUUUUCUUCGUGUUUUGCCACAUUCCUUCUAAUAAUGUUUUCUUCGUGUUUUGCCACAUUCCUUCUAAUAAUGUUUUCUUCGUGUUUUGCCACCUUCCAUCUAAUAAUGUUUUCUUCGUGUUUUGCCACAUUUCUUCUAAUAAUGUUUUCUUCGUGUUUUGCCACAUUCCUUCUAAUAAUGUUUUCUUCGUGUUUUGCCACAUUCCUUCUAAUAAUGUUUUCUUCAUGUUUUGCCACAUUCCUUCUAAUAAUGUUUUCUUCGUACUAUUCAGAUCUAUCUAUCUAUCUAUCUAUCUAUCUAUCUAUCUAUCUCAGUUUGUUCCUAUCUAUCCUAGUCUAUUCAUUAUCUAUCUAUCUAUCUCUAUCUAUCUAUCUAUCUAUCUUAUCUAUCUAUCUUAG